AUGGCCCGCGAUCUGUUCUCCGUCCCCAUUUUCUUCAUCGUCUUUCGCGAGACCCUCGAGGCAGCCAUCAUCAUCUCCGUCCUCCUCGGUCUCGUCGAACAGAUCGUCAACGAGGACCCCUCACGUCUCCUUGUUGCGCCGCCUUCACCAGCAAAUUCCGGCUCUGUGCGCGAUGAAAAAUCACGCCCCCCGUCGACUACCGACGUGUCGCAGACCCAGGUCGACGACUCUUCCGCACAGCCGGAGCUCGCCAGCGGUGAGCGCACUGACGACGAUGCAGACGCAAAUACGGACACCGUCGCGCGUCGACUUAUCCGCAAACUCCGCAUCCAAAUUCUCCUCGGCUCAGCACUUGGACUAUUCAUUGCCGUCGCCAUUGGUGCCGCCUUCAUCGCCGUCUGGUUCACCGAAGCGGCGGACCUCUGGGCAAAAUCCGAGAACCUCUGGGAAGGAAUCUUCGAGCUCAUCGCAGCGCUCAUCAUUUUCGUCAUGGGUAUCACCAUGCUUAAGAUCGACCGCGCAAAGGCAAAGUGGCGCGUGAAGCUCCAGCGCGCGUUUUCUGGACAACGUAUCGACCGUGAGACGCGCGCGGGAAAAUGGGUGCUCUUCCUCUUGCCCAUGAUCACUGUCUUGCGUGAGGGCAUCGAGGCUGUCGUCUUUGUCGGUGGUGUAUCUCUUGGACAGUCCGCGAUUGCAAUUCCUAUCGCUGCCAUUGUCGGGCUCGUUUGUGGGCUCAUCUCGGGUUACCUCAUAUACGCAUUCGCCAGCCGCACGACGCUGACAGUGUUUAUGGUUGUCAUGACAAACUUCAUCCUCCUCAUCGGUGCGGGACUCUUCAGCAAGGCCGUUUGGGCGUUUGAAGCGCAGGCUUUCGCCAACAUCGUCGGCGCAGACGUGGAUGACACAGGUGGAGACGGGCCGGGCUCGUUUGACGUGCGCAACUCGGUGUGGCACAUCAAUUGUUGCAACCCCGAAAACAACCUCGACAGCGAUGGCUGGACGAUCUUUGGUGCGAUCUUCGGUUGGACAAAUAGUGCGACGUACGGUAGCGUUGCCUCGUACGUCGCGUACUGGGUCGCUGUCGUCAUCGUUCUCGUGUAUCUAAAGUGGAAAGAGGGACGGACAACGCUGUUUGGCCGCGAGUCCGCUGCAGGUGUGCGUCGGCGCGAGCGUUCGGAGCGUUUGGAGCGGGAGCAGGUGCCUAUGCAAGACAUGCAGCACUUCCGGGAUGAGAAGCUUGGAGAAGAUUCGCCGCCACCGUCUCCCGUGGUCGCGGAUCCCUGA